AUGGCGACUUCAAAAACGACAGCCGCUCACAAAUCCGUUAUUGAAGCAAGAAACAAAGCUUAUAAGGUAAGCAGGAAAGUAAACACAUGCAGGCUAUUCAUUUCCAGAUGAUAAAUGGAAUAGUUUCGGAGCUUUAUUAGGUCUUAAUAGGAUAAAGGAAUCGUAGGAAAUGCCGUGAAAACAUGUAUGAUAGAGUAUUUCAAUCGUAUCUUAGGUAUGCAGAAAUUAAUCCUUUAAGUGGCAAUGUGCCCUGAUGCACUCUACAUAGUCCUGGCUAUAAUUUAACCAGAAUUCCUGGUUAAUUUAACCAGGCUAUAUGGUUGAAUUAACCAGAUUAUGUUAGGUGGACUGUUAACCAGAAAUUUCUGAUUAAUAUUCCACCUAACAUAAUCUAGUUAAUUCAUCCAUAUAGCCUGGUUAAAUAAAUUAACCAGAAAUCCUGGUUAUAUAAUUAGCCAGGGGUGUGGUUAAAUUAACAAAGAUUAGAUUGAUCAGGAGAUUUUUAACCAGGGUGUUUAUUCCCCAGAGAGAGACAAAAUAAGACAGAAACUAGAUCCAGCACCAAUGUCUAUGCAUAAUGUCACUCCCAAGGCUUGAUGCCCGCGAGGAAUGCUGGUCUUAGUAGUCAUCGCCCGGGAAAAUUAAACAAUUCAAAAUGGCCACUAUAGAAAUUUUCCCGGGCCAUGACUACUAAGACCAGCAUUCCUCGCGGGCAUCAAGCUUUGUGACGUCAUUAUGCAUAAGGUCUAUUCUCGAUGAACAACCUCUGCCCCCCUCUUUUAGAUUUGGCUGCACCAUCCCCGGAUUUUUGGGUGUGAACAGCUGUCUUAUCGUUUUUCUAGGAGUACAAAUCAAAUUUCUUUGCGUGUGUGAACGAGAUAAACACUCAUGGUGAUAACGCUUCAUAUGAUGAGGAAAGAUGGGAAGAAAAAUGGCAUCUAUCCUUACAAAGAAUACAAAACUUACACUAG